AUGGGUGGUAUCCUCCAUCUGGUUGAGGAUCGACCAACACCUCCCUCAGUCUACAAUUGGCGUAUCUACCUGCUCGCCGGUAUUGCAUCAUGUGGCUCAAAUAUGAUCGGUUAUACUAGUGCCUUCAUUGGCACAACAAUCACACUCUCAUCGUUCAAGGCCGAUUUUGGCAUGGACACGAUGACCAAGACACAAACAGAUCUAAUCAGUGAAAAUAUUGUCUCGCUCUUCAUUGCUGGUGCCUUUUUCGGUGCUAUCUUCACUUAUGGUCUUAGCCACUGGAUUGGCCGCAAAUGGUGUUUGACUAUCGCUUCAGCUGUUUUUAUUCUAGGUGCUGGUCUCCAGUGUGGUGCUUCUUCCAAAACUGGUCUGGGUAUCUUGUAUGGUGGACGUGUUCUCUCCGGUCUCGGUACUGGUGUUGCUUCCAAUAUUGUCCCUAUAUACCUCGCCGAGCUGGCUCCUCCAGCAAUUCGAGGACGUCUUGUCGGUCUCUAUGAGCUUGGCUGGCAGAUUGGUGGUAUGGUUGGCUUCUGGAUUAACUAUGGCAUUGAACUUCAUAUGCCAUCUACCCGCGAGCAAUGGAUCAUUCCUUUUGCUAUCCAGCUGAUUCCCUCGGGUUUGCUGUUCAUCGGCUCUAUCUGGAUGCGGGAAUCUCCCCGUUGGCUAUUUUUGCACGGCCGCCGCAAGCAAGCCAUGGAAAACCUCUGCUGGGUCCGCCAAUUGACCCCUACUGAUAUUUAUAUCACUGAAGAGAUUGCUGGAAUUGACGCUGCCCAUGAGCACCAGAAGACCAAUGUGGGUUUCGGCUUCUGGUCGCCCUUCCAGGCAAUCAGCCACCACCCUCACCUCAUGUGGCGUCUGUUCUUGGGUUGCAUGCUCUUCUUCUGGCAGAACGGCUCCGGUAUCAAUGCUAUCAACUACUACUCUCCCACCAUUUUCCAGAGUUUGGGUGUUGACACAAACACUGUGAACUUGAUGACUGGUAUUUUCGGUGUAGUCAAGGCUCUCAUGACUGUCAUCUGGCUGUUGCUCUUGGUUGAUCAACUCGGUCGCCGCAAGCUUUUGCUUUUCGGUGCCGUCACCGGCUCAUGCUGCAUGUGGUUCAUCGGUGCCUACAUCUACAUUGUCGAGCCCGUCAAUAACAAGCUGUCCCAUCUGACCCCCAGUGGUACUGCUGCCAUCUUCUUUUUCUACCUCUGGACUGCCGUGUACACUCCUUCUUGGAACGGAACCCCUUGGGUCAUCAACUCUGAAUUUUUCGACCCUAGCUACCGAUCUCUCGCCCAGGCUUUCACUACUGCCAGCAACUGGCUGUUCAACUUCCUGGUGUCUCGCUUCACUGAGCAGAUGUUCGCGGCCAUGGGCUACGGUGUAUACAUGUUCUUUGCAUCGCUGUCCUUCCUCGCCUUCUUCUUCGCCUUCUUCCUUAUUCCUGAGACCAGUGGUAUCCCCCUGGAACACGUCGACAGACUGUUUGAGCUCAAGCCCAUCUGGACCGCGAACAAGAAACUCAAGGCCGAGCUCAAGGAAGAGGAGAUUCAAUUCCGACACGAUGUCAAGGAAGAUGGUGUCUUCCACCGAGAAAACCAGGAUGACUCCUCAGGCGCGGAAACGGCCUAA